CGGACUCUGAAAUAAAUUAAUAUUAUUACAAAUCGAAAAGAGAAGACACGGCAAAUGUUGUUUCGUUGUAAAUAAUAACCAUGUAAAACUGUAUCAUCAUCGUUUACAUAAUAGUACAUGUUAAAUAUUUCUAUACGCAUUUAAUAAAAUUGAAUUAAGCCAACUUAUUUAAAUGACAUGGAAAAUAUUGUAGGCAAAACGUAUUAUACUAACAAUUCAAGAUACACAAAAUAUGGGCCUAAACGCAGCUGUACAAGCUCUAAAGAAAGCGGAACCAUUGAAGGAUAAAGUACAACGUUGCAGAGACCUUUUAAAUGACAAUGAUGCGUGGGUAUGUCAGCAGCAAUUACAAAAGAUAUAUCAGCAAGUUCUUAUAUUGGAUUUGGAAUAUGCAUUGGAUAGAAAGGUUGAACAAGAACUUUGGAACCUCGGAUUUAAAAAUUACAUAGCAACUUUGCAAUCCCAAGCAAAGGACAGAAAGAAUCCUAAACGUGGAGAAUCCCAGGCUUUACUUAGUUGGUGUUUGGAGGCAGCAAGUGGUUUCUAUUUGACGUUAUUGCAAGAAAUUUGUACAGCAUUUGAUUUAGAUUUACCAUUCAGAAGAAAAGGUUAUGUAUACGGGUGUACAUCGCCAUGGAAAGCUGUUGAGAAAUUAUCAGUGCCUCACAAAUCGUCGUGUUUUUAUGCGUGCCAAUAUUGCCUUGUUCAUUUGGGAGAUAUCGCUCGUUACAGGAACGAGAGUAAACAAGCGGAAUUGUUCUACAGGCACGCGGUUUCUUUGUCACCAUCCAGUGGGCAACCGUACAAUCAACUAGCUCUGCUUGAAGCGUCGCGUGGUAACAAAUUAGGGACCGUGUUCCACUACACGCGGUCUGUCGCGGUAAAACAUCCCUUUCCUGUAGCUACAACGAACUUGGCGAAAACAUUAUCUUCCGCUUUAAACGAUACAUCGUUAAAUAUCGAUGGAAAAACCAAACUGACUUCGCAAGAGUACAUAGCCGUCUUUUUAAAACUUCACGGUGUAAUUCAUAAUCUUGGAGAUUUAAAGAUCGCUUCUACUUACUCGAAAUUGUUGACCGAAACGUUAACAGCCUUGGUUGCAACAGAAAGUUUUAGCUCUUGGAUGCUUGUACAAAUGUUUGUAAUCAACUUGUACGCUUUAGAACACACAACGAACGUUGUGGAUAAUACCGACACACUGAAACACGAACAGUUAUCGUCCGACGAAAAAAUUGCACGGGAUUGUAUUUUGGAUCUUAUAGCGGGCAGCUUGUCUGCCUUGUUAUUACCAGUCUAUACGAUCAAAAAUUCUAUCAUCGAAUACUUCGCUUUGCCUUCUAUAAAACUGUGCCUUGAUUGGAUACACACGAAACCCACAGUUUUGGAAGAGGUAGCUUUCACGUCGAGACUUCAGAUCUGGCCCAGCUUGUGCGUAUUGUUAAACGCCUUGCAAAAUUGUGUAACGGAUUUCCCGCACGAUCAAUACGUUAAAGUACCACUGCCAGAGGAUCGUGAUCUACAGGGAUUUUUACCGUUGGAAAAAAGUUUUGAAUGCUUAAAAUUUACUAAUACCGAUUUAGAGGACGAUCUUGAGGCUUCCAAUAAAUUACGCGCAGUUCGGAUUCUUCGCUUAGGACAUUGUUUAGCACAGUAUAAAAUCAAUGGUGCCGCAUUAAUUGCCAUCACAUUGGGAGAGGAGAAAGGUAAUAAUAAAUUCACCUCUAUGAUCGAAGGAAAUGGUUUAAGUAACGAAUUGAUGAAAGAACUGGAGGAGCUCAGUUUAAACAAGGAAAGACAAUCUGCCGUAUCAAUUAGCCCGGUUCUUUCGGAAACUGCAAGCAGUAAAGGUUCGACGGAUGUCGAUACGUUGGAACACGCUUUCGACAAGAGAAUAGGCAUUUUGAAGCCUCAAGGUUCGUUGGAACGAAGUAAAGAUUCGUUAGUUGUUCAUACGGAAUCUAAUACUUUUGAGAACAACGUGUUACCUACGGUUCGAAAACCGAGACAAAACGUAGCGAUGCAGACUAUAAUGCGACGCGCUGAAACCGAACAGAAACAAGUUACGUUCAAAAAUGUAUCACCGUUAAACGUAGAAGAGGAGAACGAGAAAAGGCUUAAAGUAAGUUUGGCAUCGCCAACGAAAGGUAUGUCUACCGAGAACAAAAAUAUAUCGAUCACUGGAGAGAUAUCAAAACAGAGCAACGUUCCUAAUUUGUCACCAAAUCCGUUGAUCACUGUGCAAAAUCGAUUACCAUUGAUGCCUUUUGCUCCGACCACCGUGCAAAAUCAACAACUCGUUAAUCCCUCAAAUCAAACGAAGACAAGCAAAUUACAGCAUACUGUUUCUCAGUCAUCUCAAAUGAAUUAUCUCGCUCCAAAAGAGCAACAAACCACUGGAAUUCUAACGACAAUAUCUGCUACUUCACCGUGCGUAGGAACUAUUUGUUACCAAAAUCCAACGUUUAAUGUACAAAAUCCACAAUUUACGAAAAAUUAUAUGACUAAUCAUGUAGCUGGUAUGUCUAAUUAUUCGAUUCAAGGACACUUUACUAAUCCAACGGUGCAACAACCGAUAUCACAAAAUAUAAGUUUACAGCAUACGUCGAACCAGAACAGAUCUAUGCAUCAAAGGAUGCAGACCCCAAAUAUUCCUCAGAAUUCUUUAUUGCAUCAAACUAUGGGAAUUUCAUCUUCAACUCAACAAAGUGUUAUACCACCGAAUGCUUCGCAGAAUAUUAAUCCUCAACAAGCUGGAAAUAUCUCUAUACAACAGGGCAUAAAUGCGCAACAACAAGGUAUAAGCUUGAACAUUCAACAGAAUCACAAUUUGGGCAUACAACAACAGAAUGUUGUUACGAAAACGAAUAUCAGACCAGGCACAGUGUCGUUACAUAAUCAAAUUCCGUUAACCAGUUCAUCCGUUACGAACGUUUGUACUUUAUCGACAAUAAAUACAUAUCAGAAGAAGCUUUAUCAGGCCGCUUCUAUGGCGCCGAAUGUGCAGAAUGUGCAGAAUGUACCGAAUGUACCGAAUGUACCAAAUGUUACGAUUAAUUCGUUAAAUGCAGCCACCAUACCGAAUUUGCAAUUUAAUUUCAAUCAGAGUGAUUUUAAUCAAAAUGCUUUCGGUCAAAUAUCACAGAAGCAGCUACCGUCGUCGAUGUACAAUAAAAAUUCUGAUAUUGUAGAAUUUUCAUUACCCAAUCACGUGAACAUGUCUAAAAAUCAAACUCAGACAGCGAGUAAUUUUAAUCCGUUAUUUCAAAAUUACGAGACUACGAACUUUAAUUUGUGGAAAGAUACGCAACAACCGCAGCUUUCGGCACCUUGGGGCACAGCUGGCAGAAGUAUGCAAUUGCCCGGCGAAGAUACAUCCAUUAUAGAAAAUUAUCACAAGUGGGACUGUACCUCUAAUACGGGGAACAUUGUUCCAGUUUCAUUAAGAACUUGCAACAAUUAUCAGUCAGAUUCACAGCAUACAAAACAUUUUGGCAACGCGAGCAAUUUAGAAAGUUCCAGAUCUUUAGAAGUAGACGUGAAAUCAAAUCAAUUGGUCGGUACAGGAAAUACCUAUUCAUUAUUUAGCAGUAACAAUACAUGGGGAUGUAGUUCGCAAAGUUCUAAUGCAUCGAAUCAAGAUCAGACAAAAGCUCGACUCAGUCAACAAUCCUUAUGGUCUGGACCUGGCCCAUCUCCGUUAGAACGGCUUCUCGAACAGCAAAAAUCAUUACGCGAAGGAGGUACCUGAAGGAAAGCAAUGUAGUAUUAUGUCGAAAUAUAUUGGAAAGAGAUAUAAUAUCCAGUUCAUGGAUUUAGUUUACCAAGGGCAUCUAGCAAAACGUACAACAAUAAAUUCCAUCGAUCGUUUGACGAGAACGUUAAAUUUGUUACGAACCAACGACUAACGAAAGGUUUCGUAGAUUGAUUAGAUGUUCGUUAAGUAAGGUGAACGAUACAUACGUCCAAGGCGUUAUGAAUUACGCUACAUAAACACGUAGGUGUUUGUUAUUUACACACAUUAUUGCGGGCACGGUAGAAAACAAUGGUAUUCUCUGGUAUUAUGGAUAGUGUGCGAACAAAUUUUUCAAAAUAAUCGAAUCAGUUUAAAUAUGGCAAAAUGCAAAAGAACAAAGUUCAACGACAGAGAACGAUUUGUUACGAAUGUAAUGUGAAUCUUUAAAGGAUGUAAUAAAGAUUCCGCACACACGAGUCGUACCGGUAAUCUUAAUAGCGCACCUAAUGUGCGCAAAAUUUAAAAGCAUACAUAUAUUUUGUGAGAAUGAUUUUGCAUCUUUCAGUGGCAUUCUAUGACAAUUAUGUACAAGUUUUGUUUAUAAAUGACGCUUUAAUAAAAGAAACGACACGCAUA